AUGUACGAAGCCAAGGAGACGCUGCAGCUGCGGCACCAGCUCUCGGCCAGCGGGCUGAGCCUGCGCGCGGCGGCGUACGACACGCGGCGGCACCACGUGCUGACGUUCGACUCGCAUCCGCUGCGGCCGCACGUGCUGCGGCUGUUCUCGCUGCGGCGCGAGCUGAAGAGCGUACCCCUUUUUGACAAAAAUGACGACGAGAGUACCACCAAGCGACACAAGGAAAAGGCAACUUCAACUUCAACGUCGACCGCCGCCGCGCGCAAGCGAUCAUCAUUCUUCGAGCUGCAGCUGCAGCAGCUGCACGAGGAGCAGGAGAAGCGGCUCGAGCAGCCCAAGGAGGAGCUCGUGGUGCCCAGCGUGCUGCUGCAGUACUCGCCGUCGCUCGACGUGUUCGUGUGCGUCUACAGCCGCGCCUCGAGGCCCAAAGGCGCGACCAAAGUGCCCAAGGCCACGACCCACGGCGUCGCGCUGUUCGAGCCCGCGACGCUGCGGCGAUUGCUGGUGUACCACGGCCCAGAGACGCACUCGCUGCAGUGCGCGCACUUCGACCCCUCCACAGACAAACUGGUGCUCGCCAGCCACCUCAAAGGCGACACAAGGGGCCAUGAAGAGGAAGGAGGGACCAUGCUGCCCAGCGCCCCGAAGAAUGUAGUGGAGAUCCUGCAGCUGUCCAAGAGGCUGGAUGACAGACAGAUGACGUGGCCCACGCAGGACAGAAACGAACGCCCGAGGACGCUGCUGUUCGUGGAGAACACGAGGACGUCGCUGCGGCACCCAGACACGCUGGCGCUGAUCUGUGGGUCGAAGGGGCUGCGGGAGCUCUACGGCACUGCGAGUGACUGCUCGGAUACAACGAGUGCUUUGCUGGAGUGGAGACAGAGUCAGCCUGGGGGUGGAGGGAAGUUUGUGCUGGCGAGGAGAGUCAUGCUGCGAGAGAAGAUCACUGCCAUGGCGCUGUCACCGUGUGGAGAUUGGCUGCUUGUAGGGCUUUGUAAGGGAGGACUGAGGGUCUGGAAUGUGAACGGGAGCAGGACGAAUGGAUCCGCGCUAUUUACAAUUGACGCCGACACGUACGAACCCACUGGAUCGGGAGUAGCGGACGCGCAAGAUGAGGUCAUUUCGUCUAUUGAGAUCACUACGACGCCAACUCCAGGGCUUACAGGUGAGGCUGAAACCGCAGCUUCGACGGAUGUGAUUGUGAUUGUCGCGGAGAGAGAUACUGGGGUCGUGAGGCACUGGAUGUUCUCGGUCGAGCGGAAGAUGUUUGGCAGCAAUUCGGGUGGAACGAUUUCUGGAGAACAUCGCUAUCCCAGGCUAAGUUUGGUUGGGAAAUUUAAUGCCGGGGUAAAGGAGAAGAUCGGUAAGGACGAAAGUCCCAGUAAGUUCAAGAAUCUCGACACGCUAGGCCCUCCACUUACGACCCUGGUGAUGUGCGUCACGAUCGAUAUGGGCAGCUGCUUCGAGAAUCUCUUGCUGGUGGUGCGUGAGGACGUAAUUCACGUGCUAAAAGUUCAGACCGUUCUCUACGUGAUGCAAGAGUUCAACUCCAUCGAAGGGGUCUACUCAGUACGGGCAAUUACUCAGCAAGGUGAGCCCAAAGUUGUCUCACUCAGCAGUACAGCCGUGUGUAAGCUCCGCAUUUUCCCACUUGAGGAUUCUUCAAACCCUGCAUCAUCUGCGACGAAACAACUAUUUAUUAUGCCGCAUGGAUCAGACGUGUCACCACAUGUGUGCUCCAUUGAAACAGUGAUGAACGCCAACAUGCAGAAGCCUUUUGUCGUCAUUGCGUGGAGUAGUGGAGUGGUUGACGUCUACGAUUUGAUACACGAGCAGCACGUUCUCAAACUUCAAGACAAUCAUCUCACGGACCAGAUCAGCGCCCUAUCGGUUGUCACAUUUCAACGUGCAAUCACCAAAAAGAGCGCGCUUACUGAAGCAGAUUCUACCGGGUAUUUGUCAUCGCGGUCGUAUGAAGAUAUUUAUUUAGGUCAUGCCAGUGCACCUGUAGCCCUCGCUGAUGAAAUUUGUGAUGAAGCUGAGGCCCAUAAAACGUUGAUUGUCGUUGGAACCGAGACCGGAAAACUUUAUGGUUGGAAGGCAGAAGCACUUCAGUACGGUGAUCUAUCAUUUAGAUCGAUGCAGAAAGCAAAUGUGAGGGCGCAAGCUGCUCACUCAUCGCAUAUAGUUCAAAUCGCACGUAUGGAUGUUGUAGCUCGUGGGAAACGCGCCGUACUGGCGUCCGUAGCUGCUGAUGGAGUUAUCAAGCUUUGGAGUGUGCCAUCGCUAAAAAUGAUCGGGUAUGUCAGCGGUGCUGCGGAAGGCUACGCAUCAACUCCAUCGUGUAUCGAAAUAAUGAGAGGUCCGUCAGAUCGAGUCGGUGCAAAGGUUUAUGUGAUCACGGGGUAUGAAGAUGGUCGGUUGGCCUGUUGGUGCGUAGAUACAAAGCGAGUAUCGUUUCAAGCAAUUGGAGUCUCAACAAAGCACGAGCGACGUGUAUCUAGGAUCUGCCAUAUUGCCGGCGAUGUGGUUCCGACUGGAUUGACGUCUGAGUUCCUGAGCUGUUCGCUGGAUAUGACUGUCAUCCAAUGGCAGAUUCUGGAAACGGGUAGUGUGCAGGAAAAACGCUACUUCGACAUCGGUGCCGCCAUCGUUGAUAUGGCCCUGGUUAAGGAGCAGGCCAUUCUCGCGCUUGCUCACGAAGUCUGUAAAUUUUCUUUUGCGCCAAGUAGCAAGUGUGAUAUGAAGUAUCUGAUAAAGCCUGAAGUUAUUGUGAGAACUAUUUCUAACGACUCCAACGAAGCCGAUUCGACCACUAUGAUUGACGAAGAGUUCCCCAACACUCCCACGACCCGUUCGGUUGAAGAUCCUACCGAUGUAGCAAUACAGCCAGGCCCAACUUCUCGAUCGGUAGACGAAUUCUUAACGCUGCAUGUCCCCUCCGCUGUGCUACACCUUGAAGCGGCUUCUUCAAGUGCUAUUACGACUACGACUGCGACCGACAGUUCACCAGCAACAAGAUUGUCUGAGCAAGACGAAAGUACAUUCCACUCACGAAACGAGGUGAUGCCGCGCCACAUUCGAGGAAGCAAAAGUGCUGAUAAACUCCAGCGACGGUUGAUCGACGACGACACACUACGCGAGUACCUGCAAGACUAUAUUACUCGCCACGGCUCUGGGGGCACAAUGACUGCUAAUCGUAUCUCUCAUCUCUUGGCUCUUCGACCGGAGCUACCGAACGUCAAACGAGUGGGAUUUGCACUUGCAAAAAGCUUAAAAGACCUGAAACUGACUGCACAAACUCGCGUGGACUCAGAAGAAGCCCUUCAGAUCCUAAAACUACUGCUCACUAUAUCUACAGCUCCCCGCCCAUCUUUCGAUGCGCCGACGAUGGCACGCUCUAUAAAAGGCAAAGACUACUUUAGUAAAAAAGCACGCGCUCAACGUUCACGUGAGAAGAAGCAGGCGAAACGAAAGCCAGUGGUGACUUUCAACCUGCUCGGUGAGAAGUAUGUUCGCUGGGAGGAUGUUCCAGAUGAAGAAAACGUGUUAGUUGUUUCUCACAACCAAUCACCAUCCAGUCCGACUAUUAGUUUGAUUGUGCACACGCCCCCAAGUCCCGAUUUGCGAGAUAAGGCGGACUUGGAAGAUGAUCCUUUAUCUGCUGAAAAACAACGCCGCAUCAAAUACGCUCGAUGCUACGAUCAUUCCAUUGAAAGCAUAUUUGAGAGCCCGCUCGUGAACGGUAUUCGACUAUCACCGAUGUUCCAACAGUUCUGGUCGAAAGGCUACUGCUGGUGCCAACCAGCACCUCGGUUGCGCAUUAAUUGGACCGACCCCAUCAAAGCAAAGAGCGACGGCGGUGGCUCACAGAAGCGCGCUGAGGGGGCUGCACAACGUAGUCCGAAGUGCAAGGUGUGUCAUAAACGACUCCACACGAUUGACCUGCCGCGUGCGGGGUAUGCUCCUCACUUUUCGCGACAAGCUACGUUUGAUAUUAUCGUCGAAGUAUACAGCAAGCUCACUGCUACGGCUCAUACGCGUUUGUACAAGACGUCAUCCCCCAGAAAAGAGCGUUCAUCUGAAUGCUCGAUUUUCGGAGCCCUCUUUGAAGUGUUCCUAGCCACCUACGGAAUGCGCAGCGCUGUGGAGAUGAAGCUGAAAUUAUUUUUCGUGUCCAUGUGCCAUUAUCUGCGUGAAUACGACGCCGUUGCAGUUUUUGGCGAGCUUCUGGGGCUCCACACUCCUGAGCAUGCAGACGAAUAUGACCAGGCGCCUAGUACAUUAGUUGCGUUGUGCGUGUGUUGCUACUCGUGGCUGUACUCGCGUGGGAUGAUAGUCAAUGGUGACUCAUUUUCGGGACGACUACGUGGACGUGAAUGGGGAAAUAUAUACGGUGCCACCACUGCUGAAGUGACACCGGCGACAGCUGGAACAACGCGUUGGCAGUUCAUUCGGAUUGAGCAUGCUCUUCUCUGCGCCCAGGAUAAUUUGCUGUAUCCCCUGGUUAGUCCUGGGUUUCUGAGGAACAUCCUGCUCUUUAUGCAGGAAUACGCGCAGAGCACACCCACGCAAUUGCUGAGAACGGACUCACCAGAUUUAGCAAACGAAGCUGCGCAUUAUUACCGUGGGCCUGCGCUUUGGAUUGAGCUGCAUCGCUUCUUGCGGCUCCUCGUAGGUGAAUGGAAGCAGCAAAAUGCUCAAUUCCGAGUGGUGGAGAGGCUUUUAUUCGUCCAUCCCCAGCGAGACGCGGCAUUGGAAGGCGAUCUGCUAGAAAAACUUCGUCUGAUGCUAAGUUGCUUUGUGUUUUACGACCACGAACGUGUUGGGGCAAUGGCCAUCAGUGACUUCGAAGCCCUCUUGUUCAAGCUGCGCUAUCUCUGGUCGGAAGGAGAUGUGGUGGAACAAGUGGCUCCUUCAAAGGACAAAUCGUUCGAGAAUGCCGUGGUAGCUAUCAGAAAACGAUUUAUCGACCUGAAUCACGACGGACAGCUCUGUUACCUAGACUUCUGGGCGAUGCUCUACAUUGUUGGCGUCAAGACUCGAGGCUUGAUUCAUUUCCACGAAAUCCCAUCGUUUUGUCGGGACUACCGGUUGGAAGUGUUACCGGAGCUAAGUGACAUGGUCUGGAACUACAUGCAGCUAUCGUGUACACUGUUGCUACCGAAGGGGCUAAGAGUGGGCAAAAGCUCAAUCGACCAAAAGGCUGAGCGGCAGCAUCGCCGCCGUGUGGGUGGGCUGCACGACGGAGUCUUUCAUAUUGGUAAGACGCUCAAGGGAUCGCUGUCCACCCAAGAGCUACUAUUGAGUCAUGAGACUAAGACUAAAACCCUUGGCUUGUAUCUCGAUGGUGCUGUUCCUGCGACUAGACAGACCGCAAGCACGACGGCAUUAGACCGCUUUCGACCGGUCUCAGUGGAGGCGGAAUUUCGAGCAACUUCUUCGACUCGCCGUGGCCGUGAGCCCGUGGUUAUGGGCGUCCGUCCUAUUGGGCCCACACCAAAGCCCGUCGCCCCACUACGUGGAUCCAGUUCGCAGGCGUGUUGGUGCGAACGAAGUAAGGGCACUUCCAGCGUCACAAAUCCUCGACAGCGAGGAGGAAAGUGA